AUGGCAACCAGAGUACAGAAUUCAUGGAGAGUGUGCAUUGACUAUAGGCGUCCGAACCAAGCCACUCGCAAGGAUCACUACCCAUUGCCUUUCAUCGAUCAAAUGCUUGAUCGCUUGUCAGAUCUACCAAAGGUAGAUGUUAUUUCUGGUUUACCUUACCCUUCCUCCGUGAAGGAAGUCCGUUCGAUUCUUGGUCAUAAGGACGUGGAUUUUGAGCUGAGCAAAGACUGCAUGGAGGCAUUCAAUAUCAUGUGUGAUGCAUCGAACUAUGUGGUAGGAGCGGCGCUGGCUCAGCGCGAAGGUAAGGACCCUUAUAUAAUUGCUUAUGCUUCUAAGACUCUAGAUAGAGCUCAGUCUAAUUAUACUACCAUUGAAAAGGAGCUUUUAGCUAUUGCUUUUGCCUUGGAUAAAUUCCAAGCUUACUUACUUGGAACUAAGACUGAGAUUCAGUCCGUAUACAACUACGAAACCACUGAACUUGUUCACGAGAACAAGAAUGGCACUUAUCAAUGGGUUAUCAAGCCCAAGACCAUCAAAUAUGAAUUUAAAACUAACACCCAUGUCCUUAAAAUAGGAUAA